GUUUUGACGCAUUCGUGACAACAGUGUUUGUUUCGCGAACUUGUGGAUUUUUUUCGCGUGGCCUGGCUGGGCGCGCUGGCGAAAUUUCUAUCUGAGGGAGGCAAGCGUUCUGUCCCAGACCCGCCGUCCACUCUCCCGCCACCAUGUUCUACGCACACUUUGUGCUCAGCAAGCGGGGGCCGCUGGCCAAGAUCUGGCUGGCCGCCCACUGGGACAAGAAGCUGACCAAGGCUCACGUGUUUGAAUGCAACCUCGAGAGCAGUGUUGAGAGCAUCAUCUCACCGAAGGUGAAAAUGGCGUUGCGUACGUCUGGCCAUUUGCUGCUGGGUGUUGUGCGGAUUUACAGCCGGAAGGCUAAGUACCUCCUCGCCGACUGCAAUGAAGCCUUCGUUAAAAUCAAGAUGGCCUUCCGGCCUGGUGUUGUGGACCUUCCUGAGGAAAACAGAGAGGCUGCUUACAAUGCGAUCACACUGCCUGAGGAGUUCCAUGACUUCGACCAGCCUCUGCCUGACCUCGGGGACAUUGAUGUGGCACAGCAAUUCACGCUGAACCAGAGCCGCUUGGAGGAGAUCACCAUGCGAGAGGAUGUGGGGACGCUGCAGGUCUUGCAGGAUGAAGGUUAUGCUGGAUUUGGCGUGGAUGAAGAUGAACCUGAGAUCGAGCGCCACGGCAAUUCCGCGCUGGGCGAAGACAUGCUGGUGAGCAUCACUGGUUCGAGCCUGUUGUUCGACGCCGAGCAAAGUCGUGCCGACGUGGUCAGUCCCGGCAGAGAGGUUGUCAUCGCUGGUGGCAUCAAUGUGGAGAAACCACCACCCACUGCGCCCGACCUGGACCCGUUGGAGUUCACAGAGGAGCCUUGCGGGCAAGGCAACGAUGGUUUUGGUGACGAGGAUGGCAUUCUGGUGGAUACCCUCCUGCGUAACGAGCCUGGAAUUUUCGACGAUCCGGCUAUCAGGGCCUCGGAGGACGACGUGGGGCUGCCCAUUCAUGGCCCCAACGAUGACGAUGAUGUGGAUGAUGACGAUGAUGUAGUCGGACCCAUGAGCCCCGUGUCUGAUGACGCGGCGGAGCCUGUGCCUACGCUGGCCGAACAAACCACACUGGUGCCCAACGAGCGCGAGGCCUUCGCUCUGGAACCCAUCGACAUCACGGUCAAGGAGAUCAAGGCAAAGCGGAAGCGCAAGCUGAUUGUGGAUAGUCUGAAGGAGCUGGACAGUAAGACUAUCCGCUCACAGCUCAGUGACUACUCGGACAUCCUGACGACACUCGACCUGGCACCGCCUACCAAGAAGCUCAUGAUGUGGAAGGAGAGCGGUGGAGUCGAGAAGCUCUUCUCUCUGCCUGCGCAGCCACUAUGGAACAGCCAGCUGCUCAAGCUAUUUUCACGCUGCCUGGCGCCGGUGGUGGCGGAGGAGCUGCGUAAGAGGAGACAGGGAGGCGAGGCUGACGCGUUGGAGGAGCUCAUGAGAGAGUGCGAGAACCCUGAGGUCCCGCGACAUGGACACCACAUCAUCGACGAGGUGAUUGCGGAGGAGCCAAGUCGCCUGCAGGAGUCUACACUGGUGGUGGAGGGGUCGCACGCCAGCAUGGAUGACAAGGGAACUGCCCCCCAGCAGCAGCCCCUGGCACCACCCGCCACACCCUCGCACGGCAAGGGGGUCAAGCGCAAGGCCAGUGACCUCUCUGCACCAGACCUGGCGCCACCCGCCACCCCGCAGCCUGAGCUGCCACCGCCGCCACAGCACACGCCACAGACGCCGCAGGAUGUGCCGCCACCGCCAGAAUUCAUGGAGCCCAUGCUUCCGGACACCACUUUGGAGCCCCCUCCACUGGAGCUGACGAUGCUGGACGAGCAGCCGAUAGUGCCGGCCAGCCUUGAACAGCCGAGCGAGCAGCCCAGCACCGUCUCCGACAUUAGCUUGGCUCUCGAUGGGAAAACCAAGGAAAAGACGGGAGAAGAGGAGGAGGAGGAGGAGGAGGUUGGUGAUGAGAACCAGGACCAGGAGGAGAAGAGAUGGAACAAACGCACACAACAGAUGCUGCAUGCGCUACAGCGGGUGCUGGCGAAGACGGGCGCCGACUCGGUGAGCUUGCUCGAUUUGUGCCGACGGAACAACCGCAAGCAGGCAACGGCGAAGUUCUACAGCUUCCUGGUGCUCAAGAAACAGCAGGCCAUCGACUUGCGGCAAGAUGCGCCAUUUGGCGACAUCGUGGCCACGCCCGGCCCACGCUUUCACAACCUGUGACGGCCGCAUGCGCGUGCAUAGUGGUACCGAGGGGGAGGGAUAGGAGGUGGUGGGAUGGAGCAACGGGGGGGGGGGGCGGGCAGGGGAGGGGAGGGGGGACGCUACAGCCACCACCACCGCCGCUGUCCCUUUUGUACCGCUCCGUCGUUUGGCACUGAGUGUCAGUCAGAGCGUCUCUUUGCAGUGAGAUGCAGCUAUUGUAUGUGUGUGCACAAGUGUGUGCAUAUUUGUGUUUGUUUUUUAUAUUUACAUGCACAUACUUGUAAACACUCGGUGCUGCCACUGACCCUCUCAAGGAGGUCAUGAGUACACUUAUUCACCUGUUAAUGCUUGCCUCAGCCACGCCUCCUCACCCCCACAGGUAGUUUUCACAGAUUGAAAUCUCGUUCCCAAGCCCCGUCUUACCUGAUGGUGAGAAUGGGAGACUUGUAACGGUUUGGGAGGAAUUCACUGUGUGUGUAUAUAUAUGUACAUACACAUGUUUACCUGCACAUGUGUACAAUAUGCACUCCGUGUAUACACACUGUCCACGCAGUGCAUGUACAUGCACUCAGUGUAGAGGUGUACACAUGUACAGUGUAUACACGUGCAGUCUGGUGUAAUUAUGCACAUGUAUGGCACGUACAUAUACACAUAUACACAGUAUCAAUAUGCGGUGUAUGUGUGUAUACGCACUGUGUGUGUGCGUGUAUAUGCUGUGUUUAUGGUUUUUUUAAUAUAAAAAUGUUCACUGUCUUAGGGCACAUGAGUGCAGCUCUUUAGGUCAAUAACAUGAAUGUUCAAAUUGCGAUGAAAGCACCAAGUUUAGUGCAGAUGCAGUUUAAUGUAUAGUUUUUUAGUACUGUUAUGUUAUGACCCUGACAGCUUCACUAUACACACUAUGACCUUGGGAAUUAGUUAAUGACUCCUAUUCUCUAUUUAAAUUACGUUGCAAGCUACAUCUAUCAGAUUUGGUGCUUUUGCAUUUUGAACUGUUGCCUACACAUACUGCAGAAAGGAUUAUUUUCGUCACUAAAUGCCCUCUAGUUGUAACUCCAGGAAAAUUUUAAUCAAGUUACGUGUCCUGACAGUGAGAAAUGAUGCAGUGCAUAAAAUGUACAUUUUGUGUUGAUAAUUAUAUGUAUUAAGAAAGGAAUAAAAACAUAAAAUAAAAAAUAUGCCAGAAAUGUAAAAAAUACCAUAUUUCUAUUGGGUGCUGGAAUAACAAAGCUGGCUAGCUGAAAUGGUGAAGUUUGUGUUUCAGUUAGAGGUAUGUUACGUAUAAGGUUAGUUAUAACAAAGGUAGUGUUGCAAGGGAUUUUUUUAAAUGAAGGAUAGUGUAAAGGGUAGUUCUAUCGAUACGGAUAGGGAAAGCAUGCUAAUUUUAUGGAUGUGCUUGUGCAGAGAGGGUUGAUGCUUUUUUAAGUGUAGGUAUAAGCCAAGCAAACUUAGUGAAGAGAUAAAUUCACAGAACUGUGCAGCUGAGUUUGAAUCUCAGACCAUUUAUUGAUUAAUAUUUUAGUUAUUUAUUUUGGUGCCACAUUCAUCACUGGCGUUGGUAAGAGAACGUCAGCCAUUGGUACAGGUAGCUGAUCGUUGGGCUGAAUAACCCUCCCUGGCCAAGAGGUGUGGCAGCCAUUUGAUUCCCCUUCGAGAUCUCACCACUGCUCGGUGCAGCUCAAGGGAUUUCAUUGAAUGAAAAUUUCAGUGCACAAUGGUUUUAUUUGAAUGUUCUAGUUUGUUUUAAGUUAAUAAUUAACUAUUGUGAACUCUUUUUGGAGUGGCUUCCUUUUCUAAAACCUGGUUAAGCCCACAUUUACAAUAAUUGGUUAAAUAAAUUAGUAAAUGUUCAUGAUUAUUUUGAUUGCAGAAAUAUGUGUACUAAUAGUGGCCAACUGCCAAUGUUUAUUUCUCAGUUUUUUUCAUGAAAUUUGAAUUGUGGCAUCAACACUGGUUUAACAUUUUAUUUUUAAAACAUCUAUUCAUAUGGUCAUAAAUAAUAAUAAAUUGAGGGAACUGAAAUUAAAUUCUAAAAAAAACAUCCACAAGUUUCAUAGAGGAAAUAGAUUUUUAAAAAUAACCAGAAAUGCAGAACCCAUUUCGAUGUUCCCUAAAUAUGAAAACCUUUGUAUAAAAUAAGUUUGUUAUAUUACCAUAUGAAACUCAAUUAUCGCUUGCAAGGGAGAUCUGUAAGCUAACUAUGCAGUUUAAUACAAUUUGCAGUAUUUCUAAAUGUAAGAUUUUCCAUGUCUUAAAGAAAUCCUACAUUUGAUAAUGAAAACGGGACAUUUUGUUAAUAAAUUAGAGUUGCCUAUGGCCUCCCAGAUCUCCUUUGAAAGACAAUCGUUGAUAUAAAUCAGCUCCAACCUGGCUGAAUAAUGGCCGGUGAGAAUCGGAAAGAGUCGUUGGUAGGGUGUGGUCAAAUUGGGGGGAUUCUUUAGCAUUUGGGUCGAGCAAAAAAAUUAUCACCUUGGAUGAUCAUCAUUAGGGCGAGCAGACGAGUGGAUUUAAAUGGGUUCUGUAGAACUGUCGAGACCCAAAAGUUGUGUAGAAAUGUGAACCCAUUGAACGAUUGCACGUUACAAAACUUGUGGGGUUUGAUUGUUGAUCUUUCUAAAUUUGGAUUCAUUUACAUGUGAAGAUAUUCUGGGAAUACAACCUGAUUUGUUAACAAGCAUGGUUCUGAAAUUGGAUUUUAGCAGAAAUGUGUAAUCCAGUGGUGCGUUUACAAGUCCAUCCCUAUGUACUAAGGUUUUGGAUGUUGGCAAGCCUUAACUCAAAGGCAUCCAUUGCUUAUAUCAAUAAUAUCUGUUUAAUGUUGUAUCAGAUGUCACAGACCUUAUUCAAAUGGACCACUUGUGCAAGUUUAUGUUUUUUGGUUUUGACAUGGUGUUCGGUUGAUAACUCCUUUCUCUAGAACUGCUUUGUGUGUUUAGUUGUCCUUCCCCCGCAGCUGCGAUUAGCACGGUGGGCGAUGUACGGUGAUAACGAAGUUCAACAAAAUACGAUACAGGACCAUACUGCUGAGAGGAAUAUUAGCCGAACAUCAUUCCCGCAAUCGGGCUUUAUUAAAAAAUAUAUAUUUUAACCUGUUAGACAUUACAUUUUAAAAGUCAUUCAUAACCAUUAGGGUUGUUGGUUAUGUAUUUUAGAUCGAGUUACACGCUUUUUUCAGGCUCAUGUGUGUGUUAUGUUCACGUUUUAUAUAAAAAAAAAACAUUUUAUCUACGUUUGCUCACUUGGAAAGUUAUACUUUGAACCGUGGGUAAAGAUGGCGUUCUUUUAUGUUGCAUUGUCGAGCUUCUAGUCCUUUCUCUCUUUUACCAAGCUUUGGCAUUUGAGUGUAAGCCAGGUAAAGUGAUGUUCAUGGUGAUUGGUAAACGUGUAAUAAGAGAUGCAGGAAAGUGUAAGGUGGGCUUUAAAAAAAAUACAUUAUCUGGCAUCGUUAUUUGGUUUACUCCCAUAAUCUGAAAGUGAAAAAUCGCCAGAAACCCAUUUGUGAACAUUUUCAAAAAUAAAAAUCAAUAUGUAGUUAUAUUUACCCGUUUCAUAUGAUACACAGUCUUCAUGGUCUCCCAUCUGGUAAAAUACAUACCUUUUAUUAAGGAAUUAUUUUGGCUGUUCAAGUUAAGUUUUUGCUUAAGUCAUGCAAAUGUUAUGGGGAUAUUUGGGCAUUACACUAUUGAGUUAACGUUGUUAAAAUGCCAAAAAAAAUCAAUCAUCUUCAGUACAAAAAAAACCUGUGAAACGGUCAUGAAAUUAGAUUCCAGUUAAAAGCAAAUAUUUAGUCUUGACUUGUUUGCACUUGUGAAUGCAUGCAAACUCUACGAAUUGGUAAUACAUUGCAAUAAAGACAGUUUACUUUAACAACUUACAGGUCAUAAACCUUAAUAGUUCGGUUUUAUUGGAUCAAUUAUAAACUACAAGUGCGAAAAAUAUGACUGUCUCGCAUUUUAAAAGUCACUUCAAAUGUUUUGCUACAAAUCUGAAGAAAAGUCCCCCCCCCCCCCCCCCCAUGUAUUUUCACUUUUAAUAACGCCAAAAGUGUCCCUCUAAGUCACCACAUCGUGGCUGAAACCCGAGCUCCCAGAGCCAAUAUUCAUGACAUCAAUUUCAUUCUUGUUCCCCGUCGCUUUAUAGGGGAGUUGGUUGUAUGUACAUAAAGACAUGUUAUUAAAAUAUAAAUGAUUCAUAUGUUUGAGUUGAUGUAAGUUUAGUUGCUGAGGACGGUGCCCUUUGGCCUUGCGUGUGUUUCCGAGCUGUAAAGGUAGCUGUAAUAUGAAUAACAAUAAAACCGUUUUAAAUAACA